UUAGAUCUCGCCGUUGUCUUCAUUCGUACAUUCUCUUGUGUCUAUUGUCGCCGGAAAAUUCUCUAUUUUCCGAUCGGAGAUCGGACGAUCAUUAAAUAAUCGACCUCUCAACUAGAGGGAGUUUGUGGGAAAAAGAAAUUGGGAGCUUUUUUUCUUUUCAAGUGAUAGCUGGGUGAGUAAAUUAAAUUAUUGCAACUUUUGAUCAUGAAACACCAACUACUAUUCUUUUUAGCUAGGAAUCUAAUUUGAAGGUCAAGGGACUGUGAAUCGCAUGAUUUUAUUGGAAGGAAGCUAAUCAAGAGGAGCAGAGACAUGAACAAGGGUUUUUGGAUGGCAAAGGUUCCAGGGAGUUUAAGUGAUGGUGCGAUGGUUUAUGAUAAUUCCUCCAGAAUUGAGCCAAAGCGUUCUCAUCAGUGGUUUAUGGAUAGCAGUGAGGCAGAGUUAUUCCCCAACAAGAAACAAGCAGUUGAAGUUCCAAACCACACUUCAUUCUCUGGACUCCUUAAUUCAAAUGUUUCUCCUUGGGGAAAUGCUUCCAGUCUUCGCUCAGCUGCAGACCAAUUUACUGAGAGGCUGUUUGACCCUGAGACUGUGAGGACCAUCAAUUUUGAUGACAGGUGUGUUUCAUCUGUAGGCAUAGGCAAUAUGAAUGUAGGAAGAAAGGGUAUUGAGGAUCCAUUUGGGAAUGACUCCUCAUUUGGUUUAUCUAUGUCUCAUGCAUUGGAAGAUCCUAGAUUGGAUCUUAAUUUUGGUGGGAUAAGAAAAGUUAAGGUCAGCCAAGUAAAGGACUCUGAGAACUUAAUGUCUGUAUCAAUAGGACAUGCCUAUACCAGAGGGGAGAACAAUACCAUGUCAGCAACACAUGCUUAUAGCAAGGCAGAUGACAAUCACAUAUCAAUGGGACUCUCUUUUAAUAGAGGCGAUGACAACAUUAUGUCAAUGGGUGACACUUAUACGAGGGAGGAUAGCAAUUUUAUAUCCAUGGGUCAACCCUACAACAAGUCGGACAACAUUGACAUAUCAAUGGGUCACACCUUCAAAGAGAAUAAUGGUGCCAUAUCAAUGGGUCACGCCUACAAAGAGAAUAAUAGUGCCAUAUCAAUGGGUCACGCCUACAAAGAGAAUAAUAGUGCCAUAUCAAUGGGUCAAUCUCUGAGUAAGGAUGAUGGCAAUAUUUCAACAAUGGGUCAAACCUUCAGCAAGGGGGAUGGAAUCGCUGUAUCGUUAGGUCACACCUUCAAUGAGAAUAAUAAUGCUGUUUUGAUAAGUCAGCAUUUCAGCAAGGAUAGUUGCAACAAUACAUCCGUGUGUCAAACCUUCAACAACGGUGCAGACAAUACACUAUCAAUGGGGCACUCGGACAAGGGUGAUGAGAACUCCAUAUCGAUGUGCCACACCUACAAUAAUAUUGUUAGCAACAAUAACUUAUCGAUGGGUCCCUCUUUUGGUAAGGGAGAAAGUAAUAUCAUAUCUUUUGGCGGUGGAUUCAAUGAAGACGAUGAUAUAAACCCUUCGGGAAAGCUAAUAUGCAGUUAUGACUUACUGAUGGGUCAGCCUUCAGUUCAAAGAUCAGAAACUCCAAGUGAAAAAGGGUUGGUUGAGUCAAAUACUGAUGCACUUGUAAGAUCUGCUCAAAGUGCCUUCGGAGAAACUGUUUCGAAGAAGAAGGAGGAGCAAAAAGUGACUAAAAAGGCUCCUCUGAACAAUUUCCCUUCGAAUGUCAGAAGUUUGCUUUCAACUGGGAUGCUGGAUGGAGUGCCUGUGAAGUAUAGUGCCUGGUCACGAGAGGUAAAUCAUAGAUCUUUUAUUAUGUUUUCAGAUUAG